AGUUAGCUUCCACAUACGUAGCAGCCAGAGAUCGAUCAACUAGCUCGCGAGCUUAGCAACAGCAAUGGCAGCCGCCGCACGCCGGAGCAUGCAGGAGCGGUGGAGCCUUGCGGGCGCGACGGCGCUGGUGACCGGCGGCAGCAAAGGGAUCGGGCACGCGAUCGUGGAGGAGCUCGCGUCGCUGGGCGCCCGCGUGCACACGUGCUCCCGGAACGCCGCGGAGCUGGAGGCCUGCCGCCGCCGCUGGGCCGAAACGGGCCUCCAGGUGACCGUCUCCGUCUGCGACGUUUCCUCACGGGCCCAGAGAGAAAACCUCAUGGCCACCGUGGACCAGACCUUCGAGGGGAAGCUCGACAUCCUGGUGAACAACGCGGGCCAGUGCGUGAUGAACGCAGCCGCGGGGUACACCGGCGAGGAGUACGCGAAAGUCAUGGGCACCAACCUCGAGUCCUCCUUCCACCUGGCCCAGCUGGCCCACCCGCUGCUCCUCCUCGGCGGCGGAAUAACAAGGGCCGUGGUGAACAUCUCGUCGAUAGCGGGCCAGGUAGGCCUGCCGAGCCUGGCGGUGUACUCGAUGACCAAGGGGGCCAUGAACCAGAUGACCCGGAGCCUGGCCGUCGAGUGGGCCGGCGACCGCGUGCGCGUCAACUGCGUGGCGCCUGGUGGGAUCAAUACGGAUAUUUCCAGGGACGUGGAGAUGGUCAUGGACCCGGAGGUUGUGGAAAGGAUGGCGGCAAGGGUGCCGAUGCGGCGGAUGGGGGAGACGGAGGAGGUGGCGUCCGUCGUGGCGUUCCUCUGCAUGCCGGCCGCGUCAUACAUCACCGGGCAGGUCAUCUGCGUCGACGGCGGGCACACCAUUGGUUAACGAACAACAAUUCACCCCGGGAAGCCGGCGUUUAUGGUUUCGAUACUUCGAUAUAGGCACGCACCCUGCAGGCUCAGCUCAGCCCCCGGCCCUGCGCACACGCGGUGUUCUGUAUGACAAUAUGGUGUAAAUGGCGAUCAAUUUGUGUUUUCGACAGCGUGUAAUUGUGACACUUUGUUGGAUGUUGCUUGUGUAUGGUUAUCGUGCGUGCGAUGCUUUUGUUACGGUGUUGUUUUUGUUUGGUGGUAGCAGGUUUUCAUCCCAUGGUGCCACGGCCAAGCCGGCUUGCAGUGGGUUUCGAUCCGCUUCUCCCCGCUUUCUCUUUUUCUGCUUAAACUCUGUAAGCUGGAGAUUGUGUUGUUUCAGUUUUAGUGAAAUGAAAAAUGGGGAGGCCCAAUUCGAGAAA